AUGGAGACCGGAAGCGGAAGGCUUGAACGCGUUGGAUGGGCACCUGUGAGACCACUAGCCAUGCGCGACUUGGAGGAGACCGGCCCUCGACCCACAGCGACCUCGUGCGGGUGCGUGAAGCCGGCUCUGGAGACAGGGAAUCUUUUAACUGAGCCAAUUGGUUACUUGGAAUCCUGUUUCUCGGCCAAGAAUGGUACUCCAAGGCAGCCAUCCAUUUGUAGCCAUUCACGGGCUUGUUUGAGGAUUAGAAAAAGCAUCUUUAAUAAUCCUGAACAUUCCUUGAUGGGCUUAGAACAGUUUUCUCAUGUUUGGAUUUUGUUUGUUUUUCACAAAAAUGGUCAUUUGAGCUGUAAGGCAAAAGUGCAGCCUCCUAGGCUGAAUGGUGUGAAGACUGGCGUUUUCUCUACAAGGAGCCCACAUCGUCCCAAUGCGAUAGGACUGACCCUAGCCAAACUGGAAAAGGUCGAAGGUGGAGCCAUAUACCUUUCUGGAAUUGACAUGAUUCAUGGCACACCUGUACUAGACAUAAAGCCCUACAUAGCUGAUUAUGACUCGCCACAAAAUUUGAUUGAGCCUUUAGGGGACGUUAAUUUACAGAAUAACCAAUGUAAACCAAAAACCGUGUCCCAGUGUGACGGCAAGACUGAUAACUGUGACCAACAGCUCUCAGGGUACGAGGAACCACAGCUCUAUAGUUGUACUAAGGAGAAACCUAAAUGUCCUGAAGAUAGAACUUCAGGAGAAAACAACGCAAAACACGACAACUCAGCAAAAAUCCAGCAAAGCUCACCUGAGCCCAGGGAGAGAGCAGCAGAUUUGGGUGAAGAAUCAGGAAGUGGUCCGAGUCCUAGGGUAGCAGAAGAGCAAAGUGGCCCAUGUUGCCUGGAGAAGAGCGUUUCAGAGGAACAAGCAGACAGCAGGCUGAGGAGAGGGGAAGCAGCUGUGGUCGCACAAGGACACAGCACGGAGAUGCCGCCCGAGGCUCUUCUCUGCCCUUCCAGGGCAGCUGGUGCAGCCCACCGCAGUGCGGUCCCCACCUGGGUGAGAGAGGCUCCCGUGGCCACCUUGGGAGUCCGGUUUACUCCUCAUGCGGAGAUGGACCUUGAGCACCUCAGCUCAGGUGAACCAGGUAUUGGUCAGGCUUCGUUUAACUAUUUUCAGUCAGCGGAGGAAGCAAGGUGUGCCAUCGAGGCUGUGCUGUCAGCCGACCCUCGGUCUGUGUAUCGACGGAAACUCUGCCAGGAUCGUCUUUUCUACUUUACAGUAGACACAGCACAUGUCACGUGCUGGUUUGGUGAUGGCUUUGCAGAGGUCUUAAGGAUCAAGCCAGCUUCUGAGCCUGUUCAGAUGGGUGACCCUGCGGAGUCCUUGGUGCCUCUGGGAUCGUGAGUAGCCUCCGUCGAGUCUUUAAGGCAGCCUAAUUGACUUCGGUGUGGCUGUUGGAUUUUCUGUACAAGCUAAUGAUGUGCCUUCUUUGCAGAAAGAAGCAAUGCUUUGUGAUCUCACUGCUUUGAUUGAUUUGGGUUGUUCAGAAUAUUUAUUUGAAAAACAUGUAUUUUAAUAAACUAAGAGAUAAAGAAUUUGGAGAAAUCGC